CCCAGGUAGCUGGGAUUACAGGAGUGCAACGGCUACUCCUCUUUAUGAAGCAAUAAGCUGUUGGCCUUUGGUCUGUCAAGGUAAAUGGGAUUUACCAGAAUUCCGUGCAGACACCCACUUUCACUUUGUGCUGUGGCUUGUGUUUUAGUUUUUUGGAGACAGAGUCCUAGUGUGCAGGGACAGCGGGGAAGCCUCCCCGGUUCCUUCGGAAGCCUGGCCAGAAGGGACACUGGUGACCGAGGAGCCACCCGGUGCGGCCACUGAGGAAGCAGCGACCCCUGAGGCGCCGGAGUCCGAGGCUGAGGAGGCCGCCGCGGCGCUGUCCCUACUGGAGGUGCUGAGGGUCUGCGCGGUGCUGGAGGACGCGGGCGACCAGCUGUCCAUUCUAGGCUGCAUCAUGCCCUGGCCGCUGGAGAGGCGGCAGAGUGCGGCGGCGCCAGUGAGGGCGAGAAGCAAUAGCCCAGACAAACCACCAGUGCCCUCCACUGCAAGGAAAACAUCGAUUCCAUCAUCACUCAAAGCACCGGCGUCACCGGAAGUCAGACCAAGAGGCCAGCUGGCUGCCGAGGUUAACAAAAUGCAAGAUCUUGCCUUUAAAACAUCUACAGGGCAGGCCAUCAUGACCAUGGAAACACUGAAGAAAACUCAGAGCGAUAGGAAGUUUUUCAGUGAUGUCAUUGCGAGCACUCUGCAGGAGCUGCAAGAGUCAGGAACCUUCGUGAGCCUCUUGCAAACCCUGCGCAAGGAAAAGGAAAACAAAAUGCACUUCUACGACAUCAUUGCCAGGGAGGAAAGUGGACGAAAAAUGAUAAAAACCCUUCAGAAACAGCUGAUCAAUGUUAAGAAAGAACGGCAAGCGGAAGUGCAGAGCCGAAACGAAUAUAUUGCCCACCUCAAGGACCAGCUGCAAGAGAUGAAGGCCAAAACCAACCUGGAGAAUCACUACAUGAAGCGGAACACGGAGCUGCAGGUCGCCCAGACCCAGAGGAAGUGCAACCGCACCGAGGAGCUCUUGCUGGAGGAGAUCGAGAAACUGAGGAUGAAGACUGAGGAGGAGAACCGGAUCCACGUGGAGAUUGAGAUGUUCCUCAAGAAAGAGCAGCAGGUUCUUACUGUGCAGCUCAACCUGGCCUUGAACUCAGUGAGGCCCAGACUGGCUUUCAACUCACUGAGAUCCUCCUGCCUCAGCCUCCUCAGAGUGCUGGGAUCACAGAGACUUGAGGAGAAGCUAGAGUUCUGGAUGGAAAAAUUCGACAAGGACACGGAAAUGAAGCAGAACAAGCUGAAUGCUCUCAAGGCCACCAAGGCCAGUGACCUGGCUCACCUGCAGGACCUGGCGAAGACGAUACGGGAGUACGAGCAGGUCAUCAUUGAAGAUCGGAUAGAAAAGGAGAAGACCAGGAAGAAGAUAAAACAGGAUGUGCUGGAACUGAAAAGUGCCAUCAAGCUGCAGGCCUGGUGGCGGGGCACCGUGGUACGGAAGGAAAUCGGAGGCUUCAAAAUGCCUAAGAAGGAGAUGGAGGAUAGUAAGGAUAUGAAAGGGAAAGGCAUGGACAAACAAAAACGAAGAGGCAAGAAGUGACCUGGUCACCACUGUCCCUGCCUCUGGAAUCCUGGGGACUGGGAGCAUCCCAGGGAACUCGUCGUGCAUUACUGAUCUGGACAUUACCAGGCUGAGCCUGGCAAUCUGAAUUAGGAUUCUACCAAGGCUUUAGGGUUUCUUCAUGCACUGGAGUUUGCUUGGAAGAAAUAUUUCUAGUAGCCUGUUCCUCUUGCUUUCUUACCAGGAAAAAAAUAAAUAAGAGUUCCUGGG